AGUGCUUCAGUAAGUUCAUCACUAUGCCCAGCACCCACCAUAAGCCCUAACUUUCCUAAUCAACAUAAAAGGGGACACAAACGGCAUCAGGAGGUCCCGGCGUUCAACUUCUGGUCUCGUUCGCGGUGCUGUCGGCGACGGGGCGGUGUUCCCUUUCAAAGGCGUUGGCGCGGUGCUCUCCUUCGUGGUCAUCAUCUCCACGGACGCUGCUCCACGGCUUCUCCUCCCCUGUCUCGGCCCCAAGUACGCGGUCACCUUUGAGAAACCCUUCUCGUUCUUCCUCUUCUUCCCCUGUCUCACCUCCUCCUCUUCGCAACUUCACUCUCUCCGAUCAAUGCUUCUGCCGUCGUAGCUCACCAAAUACUUCAAAGGUUAAAAGGACUCGUGGAAAAACAAGAUGCUUAAAGAUUUAUGCAAGAACUUGGGAAGAAAGGGAGGAAGUGACUUUUGAUCAGGGAGCAGCCGUGGGGCCAACUCCUCAAAGAGUGAAGGAUUUAACUAAUUUUAUUGGAACAAUGGGAAGGAAUAGUGAUUUUAUUACCUUGAUGUACACUAAUUGGAAAGCUGUGCCUAAGCAUAUCAAAAAGCGCAUUUGGAAGUAUAUUAAUUCAAAAUUCAUUCUUCCAAAAUCUUCAAAGCUAUGGGUGAUGACUGGUGUUUAAGGAGCAUGGAAGCGUUACAAAACAAGAAUCAAGAAGAAGCAUUUUGAACCAUAUUCUGGAAAUAUUGAGAAUAUGUUGGUGAAUCGUCCUUUGGAAAUUCCAGAAAUACAAUUUCGGAAACUAAUUGCAUAUUGGAGUAUUCCAACUGUCAAAGCCAUGUGUGCUAUAAAUUCUGAAAAUCGCAAGAAGCAACAAUGGAGGCAUAAAAUGGGACCAAUCAAUUUUGCAAGAGUGCGUGUUGAUUUGUGUGAGAAAAAAGAGAACAAAGAGGAACCAAAUCAAGCUGAAAUAUUUGUUGCAACUCGGAAUGGACUAAAAGGGAAAACACUUGAUAUAGAAACACAGGCUGUUAUUGAUAAACUUGAUGAUCUCCAAGAAGCUGGAGAAACUCCUACUAAUGCAUUUCAAAAAGUUUUUGGUAAAGAAAAUCCAGGAAGAGUUCGAUGUUUUGGAAGAACUGUUACAAAAGCUUCUCUUAAGAAAAAUAAAGAAAUAGAUGAAAUAAAAAAACAAAGUGAAGAGAAGGUAACAGCUUUAAAAACUGAAUUAGAUGACCAUAAGCAACGACUGCAAGGAUUAGAAGAUAUUGUGAAACUUAUGCUGCAACAAACUUCUCCUGGUAUGAAUGUUGAUGAAGCGCUUUCUCUCUUGCGAUCUAAGCAAUCGUCUGCAAAUAGUGCACAAAAUCCAAACUUCAUUCCUUGGCAUUCUCCUCCAUCGAUUCAUAUACCAAAUCAUGAUUAGCUUUCUUAUUGUUGGAUGAAGUUUUCUGAAGAUAUAAAGGCAAUUCUUGGCGCAAUGGUGAAGCACCAAGUCUUUUUGGUUUCAAGUCGAAAACUUAGUUUCUUUUUGGUUUAAGUUCAUCAUCAGAAAAACAUGUAUUUUGCUUACUUAUAUUUAUUAUUUAUUUGACUUAGUAAUUUGGCAAGUAUGUAAUUGGCACUUGGUAGACCUUUCUAUAUAUAUGCAAUAUAUAUUAUUAGCUUAUUC